AUGGUGGGAUCGCGUCCGAAACCUGUAAAAGAGGGAUCUUUUUCAAAGCCAAAGCAAGCGAAACACGUCUGCAAAAAUGUGCGUCUCUUUAAGGUUCAUCGUCUCCAAGAGAUUUGUUCUGAAAAAGAGAGAACUUUUGUUCCAGAAUGGUAUAAGGAUCGUGAAAAUAUCAAUGGAGCUCUGAAAAUUUUCAGAAGAUUACUGGUGAACAAGCAGGAGCGGGACAUGAUCGCACAGAAACAUGGGUUGAGCCCAGAAGGUAUUAAAUGUAACGGCAUAUGGCUUCAUAUAAGAGUAGCAAAACUCAUGCAAGUUUUGGGUAAAUGGGUUAACACCACCAGGCAAAUAGGAUGUGUUGGCGGAAUCGAAAUCGGCCAUGAAUUUCACUGGAGGGGCGAGUUGUCCAUUGUUGGGCUUCACAACAACUUCCACAGGGGGAUCAAUGUUAUAACAUCCGUGUUCGGCAAAACCUGGGCUACGAGCAUUGUCGAUUCGGGUCGUUUCGAUAAUGCUAGAGUUUCUUCCGACGAGUUCACUUACUGCGGUGAAGGCGACAACCCUUGCUACGGAAAGCGAAACAAACACAAAGAUCAAAAGCUCGAUGGACGAAACCUAGCUUUGAUCAAUAAUAUGAAUGACAAAAAGCCUGUGAGGGUUAUACGGAUGUAUACCAGCAACGUUCGUGCCAAUGAUUCCGGCUACAAGUUUGUUUAUGAAGGGUUGUACCGAGUGAUUGGAUACGAGAAAAGGAGAGGGGAAUUUGGUAAGUAUGUUUACGAGUUCAAACUGGUUAAGCUGGAGGAUUGUCGACAAUAUGAUUCGAAAUGGAAGAUGGAUGUUCGAGCUCGCAGGCAUCAAUGGAUAAUGGAAAAUGAUCAAUGA